UCGCUGGCGAGUGUGUUUUCCGCAGAGGCUAAGAAAAUGGAAAAUUCUCAUCUUAAUACGGCACACAUGUAUGGUAGGAGGGCCGAGAACUGUGUGAAAAGUCGCCGUUACGACGAUGCCAUCGAUAGCCACCGGAAGGCCGUGUUUCACCUCGAGGAAGCGCAGAAAAUCAAGAGUUCUCCCAAGGUCCACGAAUCGCUGCAGCUACAGCAGAAAUACCACCAGAAGCAGGUGGAGUUGGUGCAGAUCAAGAAACGUCAGUACGAACGAUGCAUGAAGGCGUUGGAGUAUCAGCGGCGCAAGAAUCCCGAGUUCCUUGCGCAACAGAACGAUAGGCUGGACAAGUACAACGAGCUACAGGUUGCCAUCUACCACAACCUGGAUGAUACGGAUGGACUGCUGGAGAAUCUGAGCAAGGCCGAGCCAACCGCAGCCACCUCGGAUGGUGGUACGAAGGUGGUGGAUGAACUGAUCAGCCUGAACCACUCGCUGCACAUUCUUAUUCAACGAAUGGCGCAAAAUAUCGACGAAUAUGCAACAGAGAACGAGACCCUGCGGGAACGGCUUCGCUGCUACGAAAAAGAAAAGGAAGGAGGAGGUCCCCUAGGGAACGUAGAAGCAGCGGGCAAUGGGUUGAGCAAGGGUCGACACAUCGAGCUACCGAAGCGUGAGGACGGUGCAGCGAGAGAUGAUAAUCUGGCUGCCCUAGCACCGCUGGAAUUGCCCGUGUUCGAUCUGUCCGAGUUUGAUAAUCAUUGAAUGAUGUGGGUUACGUUUCCUCGUUUCUACAACAAUGUUUUGUAUACACUAUGUGAUAACACUACUUAGAGUAGGGAUUACGAGCUAAUCAGUUUCAUCAUAAUGUAAAUAUUUUGUACUCAACGGUACUGUGUUAAAGUGGGAUGGGAAAUAAAUUGUGUUUUCGCAAAUAAAAGAUCCGUUCGGAAGUUUCAAUCAAUUCCCCUUUGGUCAA